UGCGCAGAAGAGAGAAGUGUGAGCGACGAGGCGAGUGCUGAAGCUUUCACUAGUUGAAGCUGAAAGGGACGCUGUUAACGAUCGUGAAUGAAGUAUAUAUAUGGAAUAUUUUCUCCAGAUGCCAUAUAUUUCCAGUCUGCAGGCAUGUUUAUGUAGCCCCUCCAGUUCGCACCUGCCCGCUCCAAGCGGGAUGCGAACCCAGGCCCGUCCGCGUGGGAGUCGGAUGCUCUAACAAGGAAUCUAAAGGCUGCAACCUCUAGUGUCAGACACUAGAGCAUCUCUUGAGAUCAGGGGAGUGAGGUUUACAUGCACAGCUCUUACUAGCCUACAUUUGUUACAUUUAUAAAAGAACAUGAUUCAUUGAUUUAAUGAUUAUUUGACAGUGAUAAAACAGUAACAAUCUGUGUUUGCAUGUAUGUGGCUGCACUGAACACUGUCACCAGAAACUCCCGAGUUGUCAUAAGCAGUUGUGCCAGUUGUCCAUUUAAAUAGAGUGGUGCAGGGAUAAUGUCAGAACCUGGAAGUCUAAUUUGACGCUGGUUCCUUUGAGAUUUUUCUAUGGGGUUUUUCAGUUUAUAAAUAAAAUAAAGCCCCUGGUAAACAUAACUUGAUGAUACUUUUACAUUUUGUUCUUGCACACACACUCACACCCCAAAAUGUCUCAUCUAGUUACUUAUUAUAAAUGUACAUUUUCAAAAAUGAACAUAACUGCUUAAAAGUCUGUGUUGUCUCUAUUUAACUUCUCUUUGAAUUUGACAGAUCUGGUGUCUCCUACAACAAUUCACCAACAAAUACUGGGAAUAUUCACAUCAUCCUACAAGAGAAGGACAAACUCCAGGUGUAGCAGCUGAAAUCUGUGUGACUGUUAAAGAUGGAGUUUAUUAAAGAGGAGAUUGAAGACAUGAGUGAUCCAGAACCAUCCAGAAUAAAACAUGAAGAAACCGAGGAACAAAUAGACCAGAUGGAAGCGAAGGAUCAACGACAAAAACUAAAUGAUGUAAAGAAACACUGUGACUUCAAAACUCAAGGAACAAAAGACAAAAAGCUGCACACCUGCUCACAGUGUGGAAAGAGUUUCCCAUAUAUAUCUGGACUCAGAAUUCAUCUGCGUGUUCACUCUGGGGAAAAACUGUUUAACUGUGAUCAGUGUGGUAAAGAUUUUCUAUUUUUAUCAGAUCUUAAACAACACAUGAUAGCUCAUUCAGAUGAGAGGCCGUAUGUGUGUUCUCUCUGUGGAAAGAGUUUUUCGUGGCUGUACAGUUUUAAACUGCACCAGAAAACACAUAAUGAAGUGAAAGAUCAUGUGUGUUGUGAAUGUGGGAAGAGCUUUGGUAGAGCUGACUGUCUGAAAUUGCACCAAAGAAUUCAUACUGGAGAAAAACCUUACAAGUGCUCAUAUUGUGACAAGAGUUUCACUAUGUCUGGAAACCUGAAAUCACAUGAGCGAGUUCAUACUGGAGAGAAGCCAUACUAUUGUGCUCACUGUGGAAAUAGUUUCAAAGAUGCAACAGGUUUGAGAAACCAUCUGCUCCGUCACUCUGGAGAAAAACCAUUUAAUUGUGAUCAGUGUGGUAAAGAUUUUAUUUCGCCAUCAGAUCUAAAACGACACCUGAAAGUUCAUUCAGAUGAGAAGCCUUAUGCGUGUUCUCUCUGUGGAAAGAGUUUUUCAACUAUGAAUGGUUUUAAACAGCACCAGAAAACACAUAAUGAAGUGAAAGAUCAUGUGUGUUGUGACUGUGGGAAGAGCUUUACAACAGCUGGCAAUCUGAAACAGCACCAAAGAAUUCAUACUGGAGAAAAACCUUACAAGUGCUCAUAUUGUGACAAGAGUUAUACUCAUUCUGCAACCCUGAAAUCACACGAGCGACUUCAUACUGGAGAGAAGCCGUACCACUGUACUCAGUGUGAGAAGAGUUUUAAAUGUUUAUCAAGCCUUCACCUUCAUAUGAAAAAGUGUUGCAAGUGAGCAAUGUUAGUUUUUAUGUCAAAUACAUUCAAGUAAAUUCUCUGAGAUAAAAUGUGGAGUUUAUACUAAAAGCACAGUAUCAUCUAAUUUUGUGAAUUUUGGUGAAAAGCUCGGAAAACUAGAAAGAUUUGAGAGUUGAAGCUUCACCAGUCAACUCUUACGGUGUAAAUAAAGUCUUUGUUUCUGUCA